AUGUCUGCAACUCAGCUACUCAACCCCAAGGCGGAGUCGAGGCGGAGAGGAGAAGCCUUGAAGGUCAACAUCGGCGCCGGUGAAGGUCUACAAGAUGUUCUCAAGUCCAACUUAGGUCCUUCGGGAACACUCAAGAUGCUGGUCGAUGGUGCAGGCGCAAUCAAACUUACCAAGGAUGGAAACGUUUUGUUGCGUGAGAUGCAAAUCCAAAAUCCUACAGCUGUUAUGAUCGCUCGUGCUGCGACAGCACAAGACGAUAUUACCGGUGAUGGUACAACAUCUGUUGUGUUGCUGGUAGGAGAACUUUUGAAGCAGGCGGAGCGUCAUAUUUCGGAAGGUCUGCACCCCCGUGUCAUCACCGAUGGCUAUGAUAUUGCGAAGACCGAGGCCUUGAAGUUCCUCGACAAUUUCAAGCUCGAGCGCACCAUUGACCGCGAGCUGUUGCUUUCUGUUGCCCGUACCUCCCUUUCCACCAAACUGAACGGUGCCCUCGCCGAGAAGCUUACCCCCGACAUCGUCGAUGCCGUCCUCGCCAUCCACAGAGCCCCUGAAAAACCCGAUCUGCACAUGGUUGAGAUCAUGACAAUGCAGCAUCGGUCUUCGUCCGAUACCCAGCUUAUUCGUGGUCUUGCCUUGGACCACGGUGCCAGACACCCUGACAUGCCGAAGCGGGUAGAGAAUGCUUUCAUUCUCACACUGAACGUCAGUCUGGAGUAUGAGAAGUCGGAGAUCAACUCUGGAUUCUACUACUCCAACGCCGAGCAGAGAGAUAAGCUCGUCGAGAGCGAGCGUAAGUUCGUGGACGCGAAGCUCCAGAAGAUCGUGGAUCUCAAGAAGGAGGUCUGUGGAAACGACCCCAAAAAGGGUUUCGUUGUGAUCAAUCAGAAGGGUAUCGAUCCUCUCAGUCUGGAUGUACUUGUGAAGAAUGGCAUCUUCGCUCUGCGGAGAGCUAAGCGCAGAAACAUGGAGCGCUUGCAGCUUGUCUGUGGUGGUACUGCUCAGAACAGUGUCGAAGACUUGUCUCCGGAUGUUCUUGGGUGGGCUGGUCUGGUCUACGAGCACCAGCUUGGCGAGGAAAAGUUCACUUUCGUUGAAGAGGUCAAGGACCCCAAGUCUGUGACUAUCCUUAUCAAGGGUCCCAACGGACACACCAUUACUCAGGUCAAGGAUGCUGUCCGUGAUGGCCUGCGCUCUGUCUACAACACAAUCGUUGAUGGUUGCGUCAUUCCCGGAGCUGGUGCAUUCCAAGUCGCAUGUGCCGCACACCUGCAAUCCCAGGAUUUCACCAAGACCGUAAAGGGCAAGGCUAAGUGGGGUGUUGGUGCUUUUGCCGAUGCGCUCCUGAUUAUCCCCAAGACUCUUGCGGCCAACUCAGGCCAUGAUAUUCAGGAUUCGUUGGCUGCUCUCCAUGAUGAGGUGAUUGAUGGUAACAUUGUCGGCUUGGAUCUAGCUACUGGUGAACCCAUGGACCCGAUCCAAGGGGGUGUCUUCGACUCCUUCCGUGUUCUGCGCAACUGCAUCGCUUCCAGCACGGGUAUCGCGUCUAACCUUCUCCUGUGUGACGAGCUACUCAAGGCUCGGCAAAUGAGCAAGGCAGGCGCUCCCGGUGGCCAGGAAGAGUAA